GCCGUCUAUUUGUUCAUCUUUAGAAAAAUACUACAAAAUGAAGAAAUCUGAAUUACUUUAACCAGUGUUGACCUACUAAAGUGACCAUAAACUUUCCAUGUCACAUAUCGCAAGAAAAUUCUACAAUGAAGUUUAAAAUUCUGUUUUACGUCUACUUGUUGUUCCAAACUCUUGUAGUGACCAAUGCGGAGAAUUGUGAUUACAGAAGUGUUGGUGGAGAUACAGAGGGUGAAGAAUGUUACAAAAAGGAGCUUCUACUGACGGUCGCCCACAGCCCCAACCAGAUGACCGUUCACAACAACACCCUGUAUUUCAGCUUCGAUAUCGGCAACGGAGAAUACUCCCCGGCAACCAUCCAACUGGAAACCAAGAAGACCUCUAUGCUGAAAGGAAUUAAAGACGCAUACGCCAUGACAACUGACAGAGACAACGGUGAUGUCUACUUCGGGGGCGGUCACGGCAUCUACAAAUUCAAACCAGCUAAAAAAUCGCUCAAGAAACUUGCCUUCAAAGGCUUGGAUAUUUGGUGGUUAAUGUACCACCGGGAGCUGUACUACAUCCGGUUCCCAAGCCUCAACUCGUACAGAUACACCAACAAGACCAUCAGACCAGUGAAAGCGCUAGAAGACAUUUCAGUCCAUCAGUUUGUGUUUGACAAGCGGGAUAACCUGAUCUUCAUUAACAGUACAGGACUGUACGGAGUGGAAGACGGUACGAAUACCGCUGUUUUAAUCCAAGAUGAUCCAAAGUUCUAUGUGUUGGCGAGAGACAAAUAUGGAGUAGUCCACGCGUGUACUGAUGAGGGUAUAUUCAAGGUACAUGGGAUGAGGGAAGCGACGAAACUGAUCGAUAUUGCUGACGUCCUCGGAUUGACUUUUGAUGAUGAGAGUAACAUCAUCUAUUCUGAUGCGCGCAAUCUGUAUCGCCUUUUGUCUGUGUGAGUUCAAUGUCUCAUGAGGUGGAAGAGAGUCGUUGUUUUAUUAUUUAGUAGAAACCUUUUUUUUUAUUUCCUUGUUAUCUAUCAACUCAGUUAUAUCUAAGAUGUAAGUACUAUUGUAUAGAAUAUAAUACAUUUAAUGACACUAAAACUAUAGAAUUGUCGGUCUUGUUCAAAAGCAUGUGCAUUGUCCAAGUACUAUAAUGUGAAUAU